AUGGCAGGCCUACAACCUGAGAUUGAGGACGACUUUCUGCAAAAGCUCGGCGAGAAGAGCACCUACAGGCAGUCCACAGCUGCGGACAGCAGUACAAGGUGCACAAGCUCGUCCUGGGCUUGCAUUCGAACUGCUUCCUCCGCGGAGACCACCGGCACGCAGUUCGCGGACUUCACGAUUGUCAAUUGUGGACAGGAGUACAAGGUGCACAGGCUGGUGCUGGGCGUGCAUUCGACCUACGUGAACCGGCUGUCGAAAAGCUGUUUUGUUGUUACUGUCCUGCACAUCGCGAGUGGCGUCGGGCAUUCUAAUGUCAGGGCAAUAUGA